UUAAACCGGGUUUGAUCUGACCCGGUUGGUCAUAGGUUUAUCAGUUUCCAGGCUUGGUCACAGUCCGUUUUGUAGUAACCUUAGUACUGUGUAGAACUCAUAUAGAUGAAAGUUGUCAAUAGGUAGUGUAGAUGGAGCCGUGUCUCCCUCCGCAACAUCGUAAGCUGUCUGAGAGGGGACAAUUAGUAGUCUACUUAUGGUAUUGAUUAAGUUUACGAGGAAGGAUAUUAUUGAUUGCGUAUGGAGAAACAAAAAGUGGAAGGUGAGAGGGAUGGGGUAAUUCUGAAUGUUUAAUCUAGAUAUUAGGUUAAGUGGCACUGUUGGCCAACUAAAAGCAGCCUCAAAUAUACUCAAUAAUGACACUCUCCUCUGUCUAUUAUUCUUCUAUUGGGUUGGGAAUUACCAAAAAAAAAAACAAAUUUAAGGAAUGAAUGAUUGUAACUUGCUUACAAAGCCAUAUACACGCACGAGAUUGCAAAUAAAAACCCUACGAAAAUCCCCUAUUUCCAUCAUUUCAACCUCAAUCACACAGCAUUGCAUCAUUUCAUACAUUUCGAGGAUAGCAAGAAGCAUCCAAAAAGAACGAAGAGAUGAAAGAUCGGACACGAUGUGUGACAUUGCCUUUUUCGUUGGGGUGCUCGAAGCAUUCUAGCGUCGCCGUGGCUGCUACUACACAUCAACACAAGAAACCAAACCAACUCAUCAAGAGAAGAGACGAAAGUGAGGAUAAUGGAUUCUUGGUUCAAAAAGAAGACACAAAGAUAGAUAACAACAACGGUGCAAAUAUCUCUGACAAAAUAAUUCGAAGCUUCAAGAGUUUUUCUCACUUUUUCAUUUGUUACGAAGACGAAGACGAAGACGAGAGGGAAGAAAGAGAAACAGAGAUGGAGAUAGGGUUUCCGACAGACGUGAAACACUUGAGCCACAUAGGAGUUGAUGGAACCAUGACCACUUUCGACGUCUCCUCCUCAUCGUUUCCAUUGGCCCCUUUCCUUCUCACUGCCGUCUAAUUCAGUGACUGCAUCUAGAUCAACUUUAUGAUACAUUUUGUUUUACAUAUGUACAUCUAUUCUAUUAAUUCUUCAGCAUGACCUAUUAAUAAAAUGUUGUGUCCAAUUAAUUAUUUCUAUAUUUUAUUCUUUCAAAAAUGAAAUAUAUUAU